GGUUGAUACCUCCCUUCAUGUCCUUGUUCUCGAUUCGGCGUAGCGGCAGCUCUACUCGCUGAUUUCAGUCCUGAAAUUUCGAGGGACAAGUAUUCAGGAUGGUCAGAAUCAAGAACCGCUGGCUACUUGUAGAAUUCCUGCCCGUGGACGACGGCGCGCUGGUAUUAUCAGAGAAGACUAUAUGGGCUGCUGUAAAGCAGAGCGUGGUACAUAACUUUGGCGACGCGGGGUGGGGAGGCAUAGGCGUCUCCCUGUCUGUGAAAUACUACUCCCCCACCACACACAUGUGUAUACUCAAAGUCGGUCGAGAAUAUCACAAUACGGCAUGGGGCGCUGUGACAUUGCUCACGGCAAUCGACGGUCGACGUAUCGUCCCGCAUGUCGUACAUGUAUCUGGGACCAUAAAGCAUGCCCAGAUGGCCGCGGUAACACAUAACCGCGCCGUCGUUGCCCGCCUUCGCGCGCGAGCAAAUCGGUCGGCCUCCUAUCGCGACUCGUACGACGACUAUCUGGAGAACAGCGAGCGCGACAUCAACGCGUUGAAAGAUUACUAGUCCUCCUGCCUUGCAGUCAAACGUACCCGCGAGACAGCAAUGAAGACGAGUUUGUGGCACCAACACCCCAACGCAUUCUCAAGACCGCAUACGCUGCCGUACUCGUGCAGAUUUCUCAGUUGAAUUUGGUCCCACUCCUAGGACGUUGUCACACCACAACACUUCGCACCUUGCGUCCGGCGACCACCCGC